AUGGAUGUUCCUCUCAAGAAAAAGAGCUACAUUCAAAAAUAUAGGACUGAAUGGGAGAAUGACGAAGACUUUAAACAGUGGAUAAAGCCAAUAGCGGAUAGUCCAACGAAAGCCUUUUGCAAGUAUUGUCAUGUAGAAAUUGCUGCCAAAAUUUAUGAUUUACGUAAGCACAGAGAAUCUAAAAAACACAAAGCAAAAUGUGAAUUAAUCACAAAAAAUAAACAGAUCCAGUUUACCUCUACACCUGAUGAUGGUUCAAAGAACAGUCAAAAAGCUGAAGGCCAGCUUGCCUUGUUCAUUGCUGAACAUACUUCCAUAUCCAACACUGACCACCUUACAGACCUUUGUAAAGAAGUUUUUCAUGAUUCAAAGUGUGCCAAAGAUAUAAAAAUUAAUAGAACUAAAUGUACGCAAGUUAUAAAUCAAGUGCUGGCGCCGCAUUUUAAGGAUACUCUUCUAAAAGAUAUUGGCACGCAGAAAUAUAGUAUUAUUUUAGAUGAAUCUACGGAUGUUAGCGUCUCAAAAUACAUGGGAAUAAUAAUACGAUAUUUUAGCCUGAAUACGAAUAAUAUUGUGUCAUCAUUUCUGUCUCUGGAGCCUAUUGAAAGAGCUGAUGCGAGAGGUAUUGUCACAUCUUUAGUAAAAUGUUUGGAGUCACAAAGUCUUCCAAUACAAAAUUUGAUUGGGAUCGGCACCGACAAUGCCUCGGUCAUGACGGGCCGAAAUAACAGCGUAAUUGAAAUUUUGAAGAGAGAAUAUAAUUUACCAAAUUUGAUCCUCAUUAGAUGCAUCUGCCACUCUUUGCAAUUGGCGGUCAGCCAUGCGUCUGAAAGCAAUCUGCCACGUAACAUAGAAUUUCUGAUAAGAGAGACGUACAACUGGUUCUCCAUUUCUCCAAAACGCCGAGACGAAUAUAAAGCGCUGUUUCAAACAAUUAACUGCGGGGAUGAACCAUUAAAAAUAUUAAAGGUUUGUGACACCCGUUGGUUAUCAAUAGAGCCUGCUGUGUUGAGAAUAUUGGCACAAUGGAACGAGUUAAAACUACAUUUUUCUUUGGCCAGAGAGAAGUGCUAUACAGCGGGACUUCUUUGGGAAAUGUACAAUGACGAGGGUAAUCGUCUUUACUUAUGUUUUUUGAAAAGUAUUCUUCACGACGUUCAAAUUGGCAUUAAGGUAUUUGAAGGUGAAAAUAUUGAUCCUGUCAAACUGUUAGAAACUCUGAUGACCUUGUUACGAUCUGUCUGCGUUAGAAUAAUAAUACCAGGCGCCGCGACAACAGACAAAGAUUUCCUCACUAUCAAAGUAGAAGAUCAUCUAGAUCCAGUUGCACAUUUGGGACAUCUUUUCGAAUCUCAUGCCAGUAAUAGCAACUUAUCUCCGCAAGCAAUUUCUAAUAUCAAAAAACGAUGCAUCGACUUCAGUGUCAAGUUGGUACAAGAAAUUCAGAACAGAAUACCUUCUAAUUACGAGAUCCUAGCAAAAGUAACACUCUUAAGUCCAGAGAACACAUUAAAACAGAUCAAGGAUCCUCAUGCACUGGUUGGAUUAGCAAGAGAAUUGGGAUUCGAUGACCAAAAGACAGAUAAAAUUGUUCAACAAUGGAAAACUAUACAAUUCAUAGAAUGGGAAACUGCAGGAGACAGUGAAUGUUAUGAUGUACUCUCAACUUCCAAGGCUAAAACUGUUAAUGAUAAUGUUCCCUUAACGCUACCACCUCCAAUACGAAAUAUUGAAUGUGAUAAUGUACCCUCAACUUUCCGGGCUCACUCACAUAAAACUGUCAAUGAUAAUGUUUCCAUACCGCUAUCACCUCCUUUUCAAAAUAUAGAUUUUGCUAGUGAAGCUUCAAGUUCCUCGACCCAUGAAAAUCUAUCGAUUCAGUCAGAUGACAGUGAUGACACAACUAAACAAAACCCUGAUUUUGCUAGUGAAGCUUCAAGUUCCUCGACCCAUGAAAAUCUAUCGAUUCAGUCAGAUGACAGUGAUGACACAAAUAAACAAAACCCUGAAAAUAAAAAUGAAGCAUCAUUCAAACGACGAGCUUUAAAAGAUUUUAACAUUGAAGCAAAUUUGAAGACAUCGCGCAAACUACAUUCAGAGGAACGCAUAAAAACAUUACAGCAAGACGUGGAGAGACAGGGGCGAAAAAUUAAUGACGUGAAUUCGCACAUCAAUUUGGUCCAGGAUUAUUCUCAUUCUGAAAGUGAUUGGAGUGAAAAUGGUGACGGUGAUGGUGAAACGGUGAUCUUCAUAGGAAGAUGUAAAUGUUGCCUUAAUGGGGGAGACUUAAAGAAUUUGUGGACGCCGUAUACGUUUGAAGGAGAAACCGAAAUUUAUGGAAUGAUGUUGACAGAAUGUUUUGCUCUAUCAUGGCAGCAACCAGAGGACAACAUGAAAUGUAUGGAUAUGAUAUGCACCUCUUGUAUCUCUCGGUUACGUGAUGCACUUGCCUUCAAAAGAGAAGUUUUAGUGAGUGAAGAGGUGCUGCAUGAAAAACAAGAUGGAAUAAUAAUUAACACUAAAACAUUGAAAGAGGGGAAUUAUUUAAAAGAGGAAGAGGAAGAAGAAGAAACAGAGUUUAAAGAAGUGGAAUACUUAGAGAUCACCGACAGUUUAAACAAAGAUGAAUCUCUCUCAGAUGAACAAUGGCUGGAUUCAGAUACUUCCCUGCUAGUAGAACGUAAAAGAAAGUUGUCAAAAAAGCUCUCAAAGGAAGAGAGGAACAAAACAUGCAAGCGGUAUACUGCGGAGGAACUACAAAUGGCCAUUGAUGCAGUCCAGAACAAUGAAAUGUCGCAUGCAGAAGCGGCUGAGUGUUUUAAUGUGCCGAGGCGAACUAUCUCUGCUAAGAUCCACAGUAUUAUAGACAAAGAAGAGGAACAAUCGCAGAGUGCAGAAGACAAUCGUAAAAUAGAAUGGCCGAAGAAACUACCAAUUAAAGAUAGAAACAAAACAUACAAGCAGUAUACCAAAAAGGCAAUGAGAAUGGCCAUUGAUGCUGUCCGGAAAAAAGGGAUGUCACGUAGCAAAGCAUCAGAGAUGUUUAAGGUGCCUAAGAAGACUCUAGGUACUAGGCUUAGACUUCAGAAUAUUACUGUCAAAAACGAGGGUAAGUCAACUUAA